CAACACGAAGCACAUACAGCAUAUUUGCCAAAUUUCGAUGUAUAAGCACUUGUGCGAUUGUAAGUGACCCUCCCUAGCACGAAUCUUUGAUAAAAGUAAAGAUCAUAACGAAACAUACGUGGUUGUCUUGUUGAGAAAAAUUGGAAGGUGUAUCCCGAGGUUUAAGGGCAAGCAGGAUGGGCUCGACGACAUCUUCAACACGAAAAGGAAAGAUUCCUGCCGAUCAUAUUUCCAAUGACAACGUAGUAGCGACAACCAGCGCAAUGUCGAAGGCUUUGAUGAACCCCUUGAUUCUCGACAAAAUCUUCCACAACCUUAAUGUACCUGAUUUGAAGUCCUGUCGUCUCGUCAGCCAUGCCUGGGCCGAUCAUGGCGCCGCCUUACUAGGAAAUCGUUCAUAUUUUAACGUCAACGAGCUUGUUUAUUACAACAGCGGAUCAAAAUUAUGCCUGUCGACUCCUCUCAUCAACGAGAAACUCGUCCGACGCCUCAAAUUCUACGAUGGGACUAAAUUAUUCGGCCAAGAAUACCAGGGAGUCGAAGUCAUUACGAAUGGGUUAAGAAUGGUGGAAUCCAAGGAAAUCCAGUACGUCCGCCUUAAAUUGGAGAAGUAUCAAGCGUGUGGAGAUUCAAAAAGUACCUCAAAAACUUGCGGACCACCCUAAUUUGACCAAGAUUAAGAUCCAGUCAUUUGGGCUUUUAAACACCUGCGAGUUCCAUCCAGUUCUUCAAAGAUUGCUCGAUUCGGCACCAAAUUUAACCAUUUUGGACGUUUUCGCGUCAUCCUUUCCGGAUCUGGAGAGGUGCAGAAACCUCAAAUCGCUUAAAUUCAUCUUGGAAAAUCAUUUUAACGAUACCAUCACUGUUGAUAACACGACCGCGCUGCUGAGGCAAGUUAAGGAUUCCUUGACAGAGGCGGAGCUAGGUUGGAAAACUUAUUUGCGUAGUUGGCUGCAGGUAAAAAUGAAUUAUUUAUGCAUUAGCUCGUUGUGAAAACGAAAUCAAAAACAUUAUUCAUAAAUAUAUUGAACAAUGACUGAAUAGUUUAAAUUUAGGCGUCCUGUAAAGUUACUGCAUAAGCGAGAGUGAACUGUAUCAUCGCUCUGAUAAAGACUCUGUCCACAUCAAUAUUCACGAUCGAGAGAGAGUCAUGAGAGCGGAGACGUUGUCUCUCCACUCCGAGCGACACUACUGAUGGUGAUGCUCACCAGAAGAGGGCGUAGCACGGCCUCGUUUUUCGAAUGUCAAGACGGUCAAGGCUACAUUUUUUUAUUUACAUUUUUUUAACUCAAUGUUAAAAAUAAGUCUUGAUAGAUGUGAAUUUGAAUUUCGUCACUUCUCAAGUUUUGUUUACGCCUCUUGUUUUUCGAUGAUUUGGGAAUAUUCCCAUCCAUAAGCUUACAUAUAUUAAUCUGUCUCAGAAAAAUCAACAUAACAUUUUGCACCCUGUCGUCUGGAACCUAAUUUUUUUAUGGUGGUUAAGAAAUUUAAGAUGGCAUUAGAAUUUGUGAAAUUUGGGUUGCAGACGACAGGGUGCAAAAAGUUAUAGCGUUUUGAAGUUGUCAUUAGAAGAUGGCAAAAAUUAAAAUUUUUCGAAUUUUCGAAUUUGGUUUGUGGUGCCUACAACAACUUUCAAGUUGAGGUAAACCUUCCCAAAAUUACGUGACAUCCAGUGUUUCAAAUGGAAAGAGUUUUAAUUUUUUUCGAAAAAUUUAAAUUCUCGGCCAAUUUCGAAUAUAGAAUUUUUAUUUUAUCACUAAUAACUCUAUUGCACACUGGUCCGGAUUAGCUUAUUUGCUUGCAAAAACCUAUAACUUUUGAACCAAUUAAUUUUUUCGAAUACUGUAUUCGGAAAUCGAGAUAUAAAGUUCGAAAGAUAUAAGCUAUGGAAGAUUCACUGAUAGCCACACCCCGUUGGGGGUGUGGUCAAGGGCAAAUUAUUAUUUUCUUGCGUUACCCCAUCAAGUGGGGUAUCAUGCGAAAGGUCUCAUCAAACUUUAUACAAUUCAAUAAUAACAUUGGGACAUUACCGGCACACCCACCACCAGGGGGUGUGGUCAAAAUGUAAAUUUGAAAGUUUUGUUUCGAUAUAUUUGAGGAUGUAUAUUUGUCAAAUGACAAUAUUGUAUAAUUUUAUUGAGUAUUUCUGCCCUUUGAUAUCAUUAACAAAGAAAACAGGGCCAUGUAUUUAAUUAUGACGUUGCAUAAUCGUUAAUGAAUGGGUUAUGUUUUAUCCACCAGACUUUUAAUUGAAAUCACACUGCGAAAUGUAUUGAAAUCGCAUAACUUGAAUUUCCAGUGCCUUAAUUAAAUUUAAAAACCUAUCAGUACAGCUUUGCUUAGCCCGAACCAGGAAAUCCAUGUUUGUCAAUAAUUUUCUGUAAAAUUGUGUGCUACUAUUUUGCAAUAAUUUUUCAGAAUCAAUCAGAAGCAGAAUCAAUUCUUGGUAUUACUUGGCUCCAAAUUCAAAAAAUAUUUACUAUCCCUUUGCCUUUGACUACUUCUUGUUACCAGUGAGGUCGCCAAUAUAAAAAAUUCUAAAUUCAACCCUCCAAUAUGCUAAUAAUAAGUUAUUUUUCGGCUCUAUUCUAAAUUUCAACUGAUUGUAUCAAAUUGUUUUCAAUUUCAACUCAUAAUCUUCCACCAACAGCCAUAAGCAACUUGGAUGCAAGUUUUUUUUUGAUACGACGAUUUUGAAAAAUCACGAUGGGUUGACCCUUCGGGUCCCUUUAGACGAAUUUUUUUUUUCACUUUGAAUUCAUAUACUUCCACUAUAUGAGCCAUUAACAAGCCCUAUGCAAAACUUCAGCUUUCUACGACAAUUUUGAAAUUUUGUUGCAUAAUAUCACACCCACUUCGAUGACCCACUGGACCAAUUUCACCCAUCUUCGAACUUGUUUCCUAAGUUUGUCCAGUAUGCACCUGGUAAAAAUUUCAAGUCAAUCGGUCGGUCAACUCGUUCGAGAGUCAUCGAAAGACAGACGUACAUGACAAUUGCAUAAGCCCUGGUCCGGGCUAAAACUGUAAAAUUGAAAUUUGCCAGACUUUUCAGAAUCAUACAUUUUAUUCAAUUUUACAAAUUUACCUUUAGAAAUUUAAUAUAUACCAAUUUUUAUGUGCAAUUAUGUAUCCUAGAGCCAAAAUAUGAGCGUCCCUAUCAUGUCGAAGCUUACGUCACUCGCCAUCCACCCAUUUGUGGGGUACCCAAUCCCCGACUUUUUUAACGAGAUUUAUCUCCCAGCACUGGAGAAGUUAGCGUUCCGAAACUUGUACAGUGCCACGAGUUUGCCAAAUCAUCUCGUUAUGUGGCAGCGACACAGAGGAGUUACGCUCGCGGUGGAACUUUCUAAGAAUUGCUGGCAGGACGAACUGGCAGAAAGUAUCAUCCAAUUAUUUCCCAACGUUAGGAAAUUCGAGAUACAGAUAAAGUUUCCUUACAAUUGGAUUUCAAUUCUCGACAUAAAUCAAAUGAUGCAACCGUUCCAAAUGUGGGAACUGGAUCAGGUAGACGUUGACGUGGAAUCUGAGGGCAAUCCAGCUCUCACGGUCGCCAUCCUAAAAAAUGUAUCGCUGUGGAAAGACAUGAUCUUGUACAGUGCGGGACUUAGAAGCCUGAAAUUCUCUGGGGAUAAAGACGUACCCCAAAUCGUGGAACUAAUGCCACCUUUUUCUCAACAAAGUGGUGAUCCAACGGUGCUGGAAAUCUUGGAAAAAUUGCAACCCAUCCUAUUGAGCGAAGAACUCGACUGAUCACGAAUUCAGUUCAAAAGGGUGUGCCAAACCCUCUUUACGAA